AAAAAGUUAGCGUUAUUUUUUGGAAUUUGUAUUGUUUUUGUUUUGAAUAGAUAGCAAAAUGCGUUGUUUUCAGUAACGCGCCAAUAGUAGGAUGAACGUUAAAGCCGAAAGCUUAUUCAAAACGCUUAACAAAUCAGCGAGUUACACAUUCUGUUAAGUAGACAGCUGUUCCAUGCAGUAAGACCAUCAGCAAGAAAUACUGAAAUCCGUCGAUGAUAAAUGAAGUUGUUGGCAUUUUCUAGCGAGUAGAGAAAAUCCGUAUUGAACGAAAAGUGUAAAAACGUCGACAACGUCGCAAAGUGAAAACCUUUCCAUUUUAAGAAAAGUUGCUACUGCUGGUUACUAAUUAAAAGAAAAAAAAAAAAAAACCCUAACAUGAAUGAGGAAUACGAUGCGAUAGUUCUGGGCACUGGCCUCAAGGAGUGCAUAUUGAGCGGCAUGCUCUCUGUUUCUGGCAAGAAAGUGCUGCAUAUUGAUCGAAACAAAUACUAUGGCGGCGAGUCGGCCUCCAUUACGCCGCUGGAGGAGCUCUUCCAGCGGUACGGUCUGGAGCCGCCUGGUGAGAAAUUUGGGCGUGGUCGCGACUGGAACGUGGACUUGAUACCCAAGUUUCUAAUGGCCAAUGGCCAACUGGUGAAGCUACUGAUACACACGGGCGUCACCCGUUAUCUGGAAUUCAAGUCGAUUGAGGGCAGUUACGUUUACAAGGGUGGAAAAAUUGCCAAAGUGCCGGUGGAUCAAAAGGAGGCGCUGGCAUCCGAUCUCAUGGGUAUGUUCGAGAAGCGCCGCUUCCGCAAUUUCCUGAUCUACGUGCAGGACUUCAGAGAGGAUGACCCAAAGACCUGGAAGGACUUCGAUCCCACCAAGUCCAACAUGCAGGGAUUGUACGACAAGUUCGGUCUGGACAAGAACACGCAGGACUUUACGGGCCAUGCCCUGGCACUGUUCCGUGACGAUGAGUAUUUGAAUGAGCCGGCUGUUAAUACCAUACGACGAAUUAAACUGUAUUCGGAUUCGCUGGCGAGAUAUGGCAAGUCGCCCUAUCUAUAUCCGAUGUACGGCUUGGGUGAGCUGCCACAGGGCUUUGCCCGUCUCUCGGCUAUCUAUGGCGGCACCUACAUGCUGGACAAGCCCAUUGACGAGAUUGUGCUGGGCGAGGGUGGCAAGGUGGUGGGCGUGCGAUCGGGUGAAGAGAUCGCCAAAUGCAAGCAGGUGUACUGCGAUCCCAGCUAUGUGCCCGAAAAGGUGCGCAAGCGUGGCAAGGUCAUCCGUUGCAUUUGCAUCUUGGACCAUCCGGUGGCAAGCACUAAGGAUGCCCUCUCCACUCAAAUUAUCAUUCCACAAAAGCAAGUCGGUCGCAAAUCGGACAUUUACGUAUCGCUGGUCAGCUCCACUCAUCAGGUGGCCGCCAAGGGCUGGUUUGUGGGCAUGGUCUCCACCACAGUGGAGACUGAGAAUCCGGAGGCGGAAAUCAAGCCCGGCCUCGAUCUGUUGGAGCCGAUUGCACAAAAGUUUGUCACCAUUUCGGAUUACUUGGAGCCGGUGGACGAUGGGCUCGACUCACAGAUCUUUAUCUCUGAAUCGUAUGAUGCCACCACGCAUUUCGAGACCACUUGCCUGGAUGUUCUAAACAUCUUUAAGCGCGGCACUGGCGAGACGUUUGACUUCUCCAAAAUUAAACACGAGCUCGGCGAUGAAGAACAGUAAAUGGCAACGGUUCGGUUCUUUGGUGGAUGGAUGGACGAAUGGGUGGAAGGGCGUUUCAGGCAAACACAAGGGUCACGCUGUCAAGACCAUCUUUCAGCUCGAGUAACUCCAAACAGCAUCUCUAAAACAUCUGCGCCGCUCUGCGGCAAUGACCCGACAAUUGAAUUAAAAACAAAACAAACAACAAUAAAAACAAAAGCGAUAUAAAUACCCAAAACAAAAACAAAUUUCAAAACAAUUCGAAGAAUUCAAAAACACAAAAAAACAAAAUAACUGCGAAAACAAAUUGUAUUAAAAUCGCAUAAUGUUUUUUCAUCAGAUCAUAGGCGCAUAAUAUUUUUGUGUGUAUCGAAAUUUUAGACAUGUAAUAAAAAACAAGAAAAAGCUUGCUUAUCGCAA